UGCUCCUCUCCCCUCCUCUCGCUAUCCUCCCUUUGCUUCCGUUUCUAAUCGCCUCCUCCUCUGUCUCUCUUAUCUCCAAUGGCGACCUUCGCUUCUUUGUCUCAGUAGACGGGGCAAAAAGGAAGAGCAAAGCCUCUUUUCUAUCGGCCGAACGAGCGCUGCUCUUGUGAAUUCGUGGAGCCCUCUGUUCUUCCAGAGAUAAGAGGCAGCGAGUGGAGCGGGGCGGCCGCAUGGCACCCAAGGGCGGUCGAGGAAAGGGCAAGGGCGACAAGAAGAAGAAAGAUGAGAAAGUUCUGCCUCUGGCUGUGGACAUCACAGUAAUGCUCCCGGAUGAGUCUCAUGUCAUCCUCAAGGGGAUAUCGACCGACAAGAUCAUCGAUGUGCGGCGGCUGCUCUGCGUCAACACUCUUGCGUGCCAUAUCACCAAUUACUCCCUCUCCCAUGAGGUAAGAGGUUCGAGAUUGGAAGACUUCCUCGACGUCACGGUGCUGAAACCAUGCACUCUCACUCUGGUCGAAGAGGACUACGACGAAGAGCGUGCGGUGGCGCACGUGCGGCGCCUCCUCGACCUCCUCUCCUCCACCACCUGCUUCGGUCCUCCGCCGCCUCCGACUCCGCAGCCAACGUCGCCCAAAGAUGCCCCGUCUGAGUCAGCCUCCGCUGCGGCCUCGAAGGUCCGCAAGAAAAGCGGCGGUGCCGGAGCCGGCGGGAACCGGAAGAGCCCGCCGGAUGACCAGGGCCAGUCCCAGCCGAAGUCGCCGUCACAGUCGCUGGCGGCGUCGGCUAAGGAUUCGACGGCAGACCUAGAGGCGGAGAUGAGCGGGGCGUGCCCUCGGCUCGGGGCCUUCUAUGAGUUCUUCUCCCUCGCCAAUCUCACCCCUCCCAUCCAGUUUAUGAGACGAACAACGAAUCUUAGGCAAGAUGAGCGUCCAUCCGACGAUCAUCUCUUCUUCCUCGAAGUGAAGCUAUGCAAUGGGAAGCUUGUGAUCGUCGAGGCAUGCUCCAGGGGAUUUUACAGUCUUGGGAAGCAAUGCUUGCUUUGCCACAAUCUUGUCGAUCUCCUGAGACAUCUCAGUAGAGCAUUUAAUAAUGCUUAUGAAGAUCUCAUGAAAGCCUUCAUGGAACGGAACAAGUUUGGAAACCUGCCUUAUGGAUUUCGUGCAAACACAUGGCUUGUGCCUCCAGUUGCUGCUCAGUCACCAGCCACAUUUCCUUCCCUUCCUGCUGAGGAUGAAACUUGGGGAGGCAAUGGAGGUGGUUGGUUUCAGGACAGUAGAAGUGAUAUGAUGCCUUGGGCAAAUGAGUUCCUUUUUCUUAAGUCAAUGCCAUGUAAGACAGCAGAAGAGAGACAAAUCCGUGACAGAAGAGCUUUCCUGCUUCAUAGCCUAUUUGUAGAUGUUGCAAUACUAAGAGCUGUUGCAGCUGUAAAGCAAGUUAUGGAUGAAAGAAAAAAUGCAGCUACAGUCGGCGUAGAUGAAAUCUUACAGUUUGAGACAGUGGGGGAUUUUAGCAUCACUGUCACUAAAGAUGCUUCAGAUGCAAGCUGUAAGGUGGAUACAAAGAUUGAUGGAAGUAAAACAACUGGUAUUGAUGCCAAACAUCUCACUGAGAGGAACUUGCUAAAAGGAAUCACAUCAGAUGAAAAUACAGCAGCUCAUGAUAUCGCCAUGUUGGGGGUUCUUAAUGUGCGAUACUGUGGUUAUAUCACCGUUGUGAAAGUCAAGCAUCAUGAGAAAAGCGAAUUGGAUUUACCUUUGCGAGGUGUUGAAAUUAAGGAUCAUCCUGAAGGGGGUGCAAAUGCUUUGAAUGUUAGCAGUCUGAGAAUGCUACUUCACAAAAACCAUACACCAAGAGAGAAAAGAUUAUAUAAUCAUCUACAUAGUUCAAGGCAUGAGGAACUCUCUGCAGCAAAAAAAAUUGUGGAGAAAUUGUUGAAGGAUAGCCUAGUGAAGCUUGAGGAGGAGGAAGCUGAAUGCAAUGUUUCAGUAAGAUGGGAACUGGGAGCUUGUUGGAUACAGCAUUUGCAGGAUCAGAAUAAUGGUGAGAAAGACAAGAAACAGGCCAGUGAAAAAGACAAAAAACAAAUUACGACGAAGACAAAAAGUGAGAUAAGAGUUGAAGGCCUUGGGAAACCUCUUAAAAUUCUUAAAAAUCCAAAAAAGAAACCAGAUUCUGAUGAAGAAAAGACUUUAACCAUUGACAGGAAAUCAUCUGAUGAGAUGCAUGAAAAACAGAAUACGAAGUUGCCUAUCAAGGAACCUAAGGCAGAAAGCAAAGAAACUGAGAAUUCUUACAAGCUCAAAGAUUUGUUACCUGAACCUGUAUAUACAAGGUUGCUAGAAUCUAAUACUGGACUUCAUUUGAAGUCUCCACAGGAAUUAACUGAGAUGGCAAUGAGAUAUUAUGAUGAAGUUGCUCUCCCAAAGUUGGUCUCAGAUUUUGGGUCAUUGGAGCUAUCACCUGUUGAUGGUCGUACUCUAACUGAUUUCAUGCAUACAAGAGGUCUAAGAAUGCGCUCUCUUGGGCAAGUUGUCAAGCUUUCAGAGAAGCUGUCUCAUGUUCAGUCACUCUGUAUUCAUGAGAUGAUAGUAAGGGCUUUUAAGCAUGUUGUACGAGCUGUGAUUGCUGCUGUUUCUGAUACUGGAGAUUUAUCUAUAUUGAUGGCUGCAACACUUAACAUGCUUCUUGGGCUUCCUGAUUCUGGUGUUUCACAUUCUGCUAUACAUGUGCACUUUCUAGUCUGGAGAUGGCUUGAAGUAUUUCUAAGAAAGCGAUAUAACUGGGAACUUACAAUCUCAAACUAUAAUGAUAUAAGAAAAUAUGCUAUUUUAAGAGGGUUAUGUCACAAGGUGGGAAUUGAAUUGGCACCCAGAGACUUUGAUAUGGAUUCAAAUUUCCCCUUUGACAAAUCAGAUAUCAUCAGCCUUGUACCUGUGCACAAGCAAGUUGCAUGCUCAUCUGCAGAUGCACGACAACUUCUAGAAUCUUCGAAAAUGGCACUUGAUAAGGGUAAACUUGAAGAUGCAGUCAACUAUGGAACAAAGGCUCUGGCAAAAUUAAUUGCAGUCUGUGGUCCUUAUCAUCGGAUGACUGCUGGAGCCUACAGUCUUUUAGCUGUUGUUCUCUACCAUACUGGUGACCUUAAUCAGGCCACAACUUAUCAGCAGAAGGCAUUGGACAUAAAUGAGAGGGAGCUUGGAUUGGAUCAUCCAGAUACAAUGAAGAGCUACGGCGACCUUGCUGUUUUUUACUACAGGCUUCAACAUACUGAAUUGGCUCUAAAGUAUGUGAAACGUGCGUUGUAUCUUUUGCAUCUUACUUGUGGACCAUCUCAUCCAAACACAGCUGCUACAUAUAUUAAUGUGGCUAUGAUGGAGGAAGGCCUGGGAAAUAUACAUGUGGCACUUAGAUAUCUUCAUAAAGCUUUGAAAUGCAAUCAGAAGUUGCUUGGUCCUGACCACAUUCAGACCGCGGCAAGUUACCAUGCGAUAGCUAUUGCACUAUCCUUGAUGGAAGCAUAUCCUUUGAGUGUUCAACAUGAGCAAACAACAUUACAAAUACUUAGAGCAAAGCUUGGUCCAGAUGACUUGCGUACUCAGGAUGCUGCUGCCUGGCUUGAGUACUUUGAGUCAAAGGCUAUUGAACAGCAAGAAGCUGCUCGAAAUGGUACGCGGAAGCCUGAUGCAUCUAUUGCCAGCAAAGGCCACCUGAGUGUGUCUGAUCUCCUUGAUUUCAUUGAUUCCAACCAAGAUGGUAGAGGAAGAGAUGCUGAAUCCCUGAAGAGGAAGAAUCUGGGUUUAAAGGUCAAAGUGCAGUCAUCUCAAAACUUGAACGUGGCAGAUUCUUUGUCCAAGGAUUCAGUAGCUACUAUUUCAGAUGAAGUGAAACAAGUGACUGAUGGUAGUGAUACCCAAGAUGAUGAGAACAUGAGUAGUCCAGGUGUUGAGUCAAAACAUGAAGAUGCUGUUGCCAAAAGGCAGUUAUUUGUUUCUCAACAAUCUAAAGGAACAGCAGAGCAAAAGGUUGCUUCUUUUAGUGAAGAUGUAAGAGAGAUAAAUACAGAAGCAGAAGAUGGUUGGCAACCUGUUCAAAGACCAAGGUCCAUUGGAGGUUCAAGCCAGCGAAUCAAGCAUCAACGUACAAGCACUUGGAAAACCUACAACUAUCAGAUGAAUGAUGUUCCUAGUGAAACUGUUCAAUCCAAGCCACAGUUUUCUUAUUUAAAUAAUGGGUAUUAUUUGCUUAAGAAAAAGAUAGUUAUUCCUGGAAGCUUUAAUGGCAAUCUUAACAUGCAAGUUCAGUCACCAGACACCAGAUCUGGUCAGAAGGCGUACAAGGCUGUAACUUAUCGGGUGAAGUCAGUGCCUUCAUCCACCAAUCCUGAGAUCAGUCAUAACUCUUGGAGUGCUGUCGAAAGAACGACUGCCCCAUUAGAUGCUCAUGCACCCUAUUAUCGCCAUGAUAGCCAGGUAUUAGAGAAUCAGAAGAACCUAAUAGGUGGUGUCUCUGAGCCUCGCAACAAUUUGGUUCUUAGUUUUAGUAAUUCUCCAUCAUAUAAAGAUGUAGCACUGGCACCUCCUGGAACAAUUGCCAAGAUACAUAGCCGAAAGUUUCAGGAGAAUAUGCCAUUGGAACAAGAGUUGUCUAUUGGUGGCAAUGCAUCUGAAAUAAAGGAAUCAUUUUUGGCUGAGGAACAUACAGAAAAUGCUGCAGAGCUACCUGAGAUAUCUAACAUAACCCAAGAAAAGGACACUGUCCAGGAUGUGUUUUUAGACUCAGAUAAAAAAGUUGAAGUUGAUCAUGAAGAAGAAAGAAAGGAAGAUUGUGAAACAGAACAAUUACUAGAACCAUCAUCUUCUGAUUUGGAAGUGGCAUCUUGUAGUAGCAUGCUCACCAAGAAUAUCAUUGACAAUUGUCUAUCUAGCAAUGAGGUUCAAGAAGUUGAGCAAAAUGAGAAUCAUGAUCAGAAUUCGUCAACAAAUACAUCUGAUAGGAAAAAAUCUGAGUGUCCCAUCACUGCAGAAAGCAAAGAAGAUAAUCAUGACGAAGCCUCAUGUACCAAUGUUGGUAUCAGUUCUUACUCUAGUGUCCAUCAAUUCAAUUUCAAGAAGGUUCUCAUCCCUGAGAAAACAGGUGGUGAUUAUCCCACGAUGGAACUACCACCUUCUAAUUAUGAUGGGAGAGAGGUAUCUAGCAAGAAGCUGUCUGCAUCUGCUGCACCGUUUAGCCCUUUCCCUGCUACAGCACUUGGUCCUGUUCCUGUAACUGUUGGUCUUCCUCCUAAUGGUACAAUUUCUGCAGUUACACCAUGGCCACUGAGUGCCAGUCUUCAUGCUUCACCCACGGCUGUAAUGCCAAUGGUGCCUCCUAUUUGUACCUCACCGCAUCAUCCUUAUCCUUCUUCACCUAGGCCUUCCCACAUUCUACGUCCCUUGCCAUUUAUAUAUCCACCAUAUACCCAACCUCAAGUCAUUCCAAAUACCACUUUUGCUAUGAACAGUAACAUGUUUCAUGGAAACCAUUAUCCAUGGCAGUGCAACAUUGGUGCAAAUGUUCCUGACUUUGCACAAGGAUCAGUAUGGUCUGGUUCUCAUCCUGUGGACUUCUCAUCUUUGCCACCCAUCAUUAGUCCAACUUCUGAAUCCGUGUUGGAACCAAUUAUAACAUCUCAUUUAAGAACUGAUGUGAGUCUAGACCUUCCAUUGGAUAACAAUACUGAAGAAGGGACCAAAACAGAAGAGAAUAAUGAGAUAUCCCAGAUUAUAGACAUUUGUAAACCGCUGGAUGGUAACUGGUUAGAGAAACGGGAAUCUGAAGAAUCUCACAGAAAUAAUACAAAAAUUACUGACUUGGAAUCUGAGACGGUUUUCAGACAAGAUGCACAGCAUAGUGGUGGAAGGCAUGUCUUCAGGAGUAGCAAAAAGUAUGAGGGUGAGGGAAGCUUUAGCAUAUACAUCAAGGGUAGAAAUCGCCGUAAACAGACACUAAAGCUGCCUAUAAGUUUGCUCAAUAGGCCAUAUGGAUCACAGUCAUUUAAAGUUAUAUAUAGCAGAGUAGUAAGAGGAAGUGAUGUUAUAAGUGCAACAAAUAUAUCUUCCAGUGAAAAUGCUACUUCCGACUAGUCACAAGCAAAGAACAUUACAAACUUCAAAAAGGGCAGGAAAGAAUUUUUUUUAUUGUUCAAGCCACAUCCAGGAGGACGUGACUCUGAAAAAUUAGCAAUGGUGAUAAUUUAGUUAUUGCUAUUUUUCUGGCAACUGAUUUUUUUUAUUAAGAAGCCAAGAUUGAACGUUCAGGAAGGUAAGUGACAAAUCUCCUCAUGGUCCAAGCCAGGUAUUUCUUUGUUAAUUAGCUUCACAAUGUUACAUAACUCGCAGAUUUGUUGCUUAUCAAUGCUCCAUAUACUUUAUUGUCAAUAACAUCUCUUUUGCUUUAAUUUUGUGUUGGUUUCUCAAGCAUACAAUUAAUUUAUCCUGUUUAACAUAAGUUAUUAGGAAGAAACUUUGUUUGUGAACUGAUCAUGAUUCACCUUUGAAAUCCCCAAAUUUUUUAAUCUUGAGUAUCUUCAGUAUUGAUAUCUCACACCAUCAAAAAGCUCAUAGUAUACCAUCAUGCAUGUAAUUUAUAAGCCUGACUCGAUAUUUUAGUUCCGGUCUAGCCAUUCCAAGCAACCGGUCAAGAGACUCAGACUGAGCGGAUAUUUUCAGGCUUCCGAAGAUGUUUUGAUAUGCAUGAAACUAGUAUCAACAUCUUUUUGAGUCGCAGAUUUUUUCUUCUGUUGUAGCUUUCUCUAAUUUGCAAUCUUGAUAAUCAGAUUGCUGGAGUUAAGUUGUUUUUUCUAAUUACCACUCAUCUGUUGCAAAUUCCAGGGUGUGGCUUACCAUCAAAUCCAACCUAAUUCCUUUUAGUUAAGUCUUCCACUUGCUAUGUUUACUGCUGUUGAUCUAAUCAUCUAUCACACGUCUUGAGUCUCUGGGCUCAUGGAUUUCCAGUCUACCAGGGAUUAUCAGUUCAUUUGUUGAAGCAGUACAACAGUUAAUAAUGAUGUUAAAUCCGAUUAGUAAGCUGGGUUGUGCAUCCUACCUCUUAUGAUUUUGUUUUUAUGACAUUAUCUACAACCAUUUUCUUGCAUUCUCAAAUUAGAGCAGAUUUAUCCAAAAAUUAGACUUGUAAUAUAGCUGCCACACUACCUUUUUGGCAUUCCAGUACUGACUAGGUAGAUUGCUUGAAUUGUAAUGUAUGCCUCUGUUAUUCACUAGUGAUGCUCAAGCAAGAUUUAUGUGUGGUCGAGUUUUCAACUUGCACAACAUAUAUAUAUAUUUUUUUGUAUGUUGUUUGUCAUAGCUUUCUAGAUGUAUGUAUAUCAUUUGCCAUCUUUUCAACUCAACAUUAAAUGCUUUCUGAGUAGAUUGUGGGGUUAAUUUGUGGUGUUUGCAUGAAAUUGGGUGAUUGAUCAAUCACAAAAAUAUUUUUUGCAUGAUCAUUCCUAUUAUUUUCAUUUCUUCUUCCAUACAGGCUGAUGAAGACCAUGUCGUCUGCAGGUUCACAACAUAGGUUGUUGAGAAGGCUAUGAAGUUCCAAGUCUAGAGAGGAUGGAAAUAGCGUAGAACUUCUGACCAAAUCAUUAGAAUUAGGUUGAAGCUAUUAACCAUUUUUUCUUCUCCAUUGAAGAGACAUGUAUGAGCAUUUUUCUCCUCUCUUUUUUCCCCUUUUCCUUUUGAGGAUUCUGAAAUUUAUAGCCGACAACAUUGUAAGUCAUGGGGUUUUGUGAACCUCGACUUUCCUGCCCAUCAAAAUAAUUUUUGCAAUUUCUGCUAAUAUAUUCUUUUCGGGUA